UACAACAAUAGAAGCACCAUUCACUCACACACACAACAACACACCUAGUUGCUAAGCUUUUUGUGUUCUGCAACUGAAAGUGAAGGAAACCAAGUCAUGUAUUCUCUUUGGAGUUCCAUUGCAAUGUGUGUAGCACUUCUACUCCUUCAGUUUGGCACUGUACACCCCUCACCCUCUCACCUUAGGAUCAAUCGCUUACCGGGUCAACCCCAUGUUGAAUUUCAUCAGUUUUCAGGCUAUAUAACCGUUGAUGGCAAAAACCAGCGAGCACUCUUUUUCUACUUCGCUGAAGCUGAAAAAGAUGCACUUUCCAAGCCCCUUGUUCUUUGGCUCAAUGGAGGGCCUGGUUGUUCUUCUCUUGGAGUUGGUGCAUUUUCAGAGAAUGGACCAUUUAGGCCCAAAGGAGAGGCCUUGGUUAGGAAUCAAUUCAGCUGGAACAGAGAAGCAAAUAUGUUGUAUUUGGAAACGCCAAUUGGAGUUGGAUUCUCUUACUCAACUGACACUUCCUCUUAUGAGGGUGUGAAUGACAAGAUUACAGCCAGGGAUAACUUGGUGUUCUUGCAAAACUGGUUUGUCAAGUUCCCAGAAUACAGAAACAGAAGUUUGUUCAUUGUAGGAGAAAGCUAUGCAGGCCAUUAUGUUCCUCAACUGGCUGAGCUUAUGCUCCGAUUCAACAAAAAGGAGAAGUUAUUCAAUUUAAAAGGCGUUGCUCUUGGUAAUCCAGUUCUAGAAUUUGCAACAGAUUUCAAUUCCAGAGCUGAGUUCUUCUGGUCACAUGGAUUAAUUUCAGACACAACGUUCAAAAUGUUCACUUCUGUUUGUAACUAUUCAAGAUAUGUGAGGGAAUACUAUAAUGGUGCUGUUUCUCCUAUCUGUUCAAGUGUUAUGAACCAAGUUAGUACAGAAACAAGUAGAUUUGUUGACAAGUAUGAUGUGACCCUUGAUGUUUGUUUAUCUUCUGUGUUUUCACAAACUAAAGUCCUCAAUCCCCAGCAAGUCACUGAAACUAUAGAUGUGUGCGUGGAAGAUGAAACAGUGAAUUAUCUGAACAGGAAAGAUGUGCAGUCAGCUUUACAUGCACGUCUUGUUGGAGUUCAAAGAUGGUCUGCUUGCAGCAAUGUGCUGGAUUAUGAGCUGGGUGACUUGGAGAUACCAACAAUCACGGUUGUGGGGAAGCUUGUCAAGGAGGGAAUACCAGUAUUGGUUUACAGUGGUGAUCAGGAUUCAGUUAUCCCUCUAACUGGAAGUAGAACAUUAGUACAUAAACUGUCAAAAGAACUAGGGUUGAAGACCACUGUGCCAUACAGGGUGUGGUUUGAGAGGCAGCAGGUGGGUGGGUGGACUCAAGUUUAUGGUAACAUCCUUUCAUUUGCCACUAUCAGGGGAGCAUCACAUGAGGCUCCAUUUUCACAGCCUGAGAGAUCACUUGUGCUAUUCAAGUCCUUCUUAGAAGGACGCCCUCUACCACAAGAGUUUUGAUAUGUAUAUGUUAUGUUGAGGGGUGUCUGAAUUCGUUGCACUUUUAAUCCAUUGUGCCCAUUUUCAAGUGUAGAAAAUUUUGUAAAGAAGGGAGGGAAUGUGUUUUUGUUUUUCUUCUUGGUUGCUGUUGCUGUACCUUCUUGUGUACUUUUAUUAUUUAUAAAGCUGCAUUAUGUAA